AUGGCGACCAUGAAUGAGGCCGACCGAGAGCUCAUACGGGCUGAGGAAGAUGCGCAACGAUAUAGCAACCACAGGAAUCAGCCUGUUCGCCGGCCAAGCAAUGAAGUUGAGCGGGUCGUCACCAAUUCUUCUGUCUCGACUUCCUCGAGCGAAGGUGGCGGUGUUUCCAGGCAGCGAACAGUUGGCAUGAGCCGAGUAUCAACGCAACGCGAUUUAGAGAGGCAUCCCACAGAGCUGAGCCGGAUACACACAGCACGAAGUCAGCACAGCGAAACGAUCGGACGAAGUCUUCGCAGCCGCCAUUCCACAAAGCCAUUGCCAAGCUUCGGUGCCGGCAAACCAUUCCCGCCGCCCCUGCCAGAGCAAGAGGAUUAUGUUGUUGAGUUUGAAGGGCCGGACGACCCAUACCAUGCGCAGAAUUGGCCCACGAAGAAAAAGCUACUCACAGCUGCAAUGCUUGGCUAUACAACAAUGACAUCCGCAUUCACUUCGAGUAUCUUCUCCGCUGCCACCUCACAUGUCGCACUCGAAUUCGGCGUCAGCACGGAAGUAGGUAUUUUGGGAGUAUCACUAUACGUUCUGGGUUUCGCCUUUGGUCCUACUUUCUGGGCUCCACUGUCAGAGUUAAAGGGAAGACGACUACCGAUUUGCAUAUCUAUGUUUGGUUUCUCCGUCUUCACAAUCGCCUGUGCGACUGCAAAGGAUCUUCAGACCCUCCUGAUUUGUCGGUUUUUUGCCGGUUUCUGUGGCGCGUGUCCCUUGGCCGUCGUUGCGGCCGUCUUCUCUGAUAUGUUCGACAACGCGACCCGAGGUGCCGCCAUCACCAUAUUCUCCAUGGCCGUAUUCACUGGCCCUCUACUUGCGCCUUUCGUCGGCGGCUACAUCACCAUGAGCUAUCUAGGUUGGCGCUGGACUAUGUACAUCACUGCAAUUAUGGGGUGGGUCGCAUUUGCCCUUGAUUUCAUAUUUCUGGAAGAGACCUACCCUCCCGUCAUUCUCAUCGAGAAGGCGGCAGAACUGCGACGUCGGACUAAGAACUGGGGUAUUCAUGCCAAACAGGAGGAAAUCGAGAUUGAUUUUAAGGAACUCAUCCAAAAGAACUUCUCUCGACCAAUGCGCCUUCUAUUUUUGGAGCCUAUCGUCACACUCCUUUCCAUCUACAUGGCUUUCAUCUACGGCUUGCUGUAUCUUUUCCUGACAGCUUAUCCUUUCGUUUUCCAAAGAGUCCACGGCUUCAAUUCUGGCGAGUCUGGUCUUGCUUUCUUCGGAAUGAUUAUCGGUCAGCUUAUUGCUGGUACGGUCGUCCUGGUUGAUCAGCCGAGAUAUCAGAGGAAGCUUGCUGCUAAUAACGGCGUUCCUGUUCCGGAAUGGCGUUUACCUGUUAUUAUCGCUGGUGGCGUUUCCUUCACUGCCGGUAUUUUCUGGUUUGGUUGGAGUGGUUAUAGAGCCGAUGUGCAUUGGAUCGUUCCUGCUGCUUCGGGUAUUCUGAGUGGAUUCGGACUCAUGGCCAUUUUCCUUCAGGCUCUCAAUUAUUUGGUCGACGCCUAUCUCAUGUUUGCUGCGUCGGCGAUUGCUGGCAAUACUUUCCUCCGAUCGCUUUGUGGCGCUGGGUUCCCGCUUUUUGCAUCCUAUAUGUUCAACGGUAUGGGUAUUCAGUGGGCUUCGACACUCCUCGGAUGUGUGGCGGCAGCACUUGUUCCUAUUCCAGUCAUUUUCUACCUUUACGGACACAAAAUCAGGGCAAAGAGCCAUUUCGCUCCAACACACGCUGGCAACACUCCCAAUACAGCGGACGUCGCAGCUAAUGAUGGCAGCGAAACUGCCUCGGAUAGCGCGAAUGCAAUGGAGGAAAAGACAGAUGCUCCAGAUCAUGCUGCUUUGUCAAAUGUCCCCAAGGCAGAGCAAGAGAAGUCUCGAGGCCAGGCUUAG